GCUCCUCACGACAGAAUGCAACACAAUAAGCCUUUUGUCUUGCGUUCGAGUGAUGCUUGCCCGAUUUCACGCCAGAGGAAAAAGAGGAAGCGUGUGGUCCGCGUGAGCGCACGAAGCGUGUCCGCCGCAGCAUUCCAGGACGGCAUCACGUAUCGAGGGGGGCUUCCAGCAGCUGUAACCGGCGCCCAGUCUCUUCAGAAGGUCAUCGGGAACCUGGCAAUGGGCGACGACAGUCGUAGCAACGCUAAGAAGAAGCCCGUAGUCGCCGAGCGGGUUUUGGGCACCGUCAAGUGGUUCAACGUCAAGAACGGCUACGGCUUCAUCAACCGCAACGACACUCGCGAGGACAUCUUCGUCCAUCAGACCGCCAUCACACGCAACAACCCGCAGAAGCUGCUGCGCAGCGUCGGCGAAGGUGAGACGGUCGAGUUUGACGUCGUCGUCGGAGAUAAGGGCCGCGAGGCGGCCAACGUCACCGGGCCCGACGGCGAGCCCGUGCAGGGGAGCCCAUACGCGGCCGACAAGCGCCGCUUCCGACCGCGCUGGUUCCCUCGGCGUGCCCAGCGAAGGCGCGGGCCGGCUGCGCGGGGCGGCCGCGACGACGAGCUGCGCGAAGAAGCCUGCAACCUCGACUCGCCGCGACCGCUGCAGCAGCAGCAGAUCCAGCAGGACCCGGGACAUCAAAGGUGGCUGGCCAAUGGCGUCGGAAGGCCUUACCCAUGGCGAUACAACAACCGCCGCUUUCGAGGGGUACCGCGAGGCCCUCCACAGGCACCACCGCCACCCCAGCGCUUCCUCGCCGAUCAGCCGAGGUCGGCGUACAUAGAGGAAGACGAAGUGUUCGACGAGCCUCCGGCCCGGCGCCCUCCGCGGAGGUUCUACGGCCGUUACUUCCGUAGGCGACGCGGCCGUUCUCGGAGCAACACAGAAGCGUCAGGGCAGGACGGCUACGGUAGAGGUGGCGGCGGAGGAGGAGGAAGUGGUGGUGAAAGUGGCGGUCGGAGUCAAGACGACUCGCGAGACAGGGUGAGCACCGGAUCGUGGCGACGUCGCCCUCCGAUGUACCGGCCGCCAAAGAACCGGCGCCGAUCGACGUCACCGUCCAAGAAAGCCGCGGCCCGUCGAAGGCGCAACAACGAGGUCAGCAGCAGCGGAGACUUGGCGGAGAGCGUGCAAAGCGCGCAGGGAGAAGAGUCCAUCGGGCCUGACGAAGCCGAAGACUCGGCACUAAUGGCUCCACCCCCACUGUCACCGCCGCCUCCGCCACCGCCGCCGCCACCACCACCACCACCACCACCACCACCACCACUGUCACCACCGCCUCCGCCACCACCGCCGCCGCCGCCGCCGCCGCCAUCCCCACCACCACUACCGCCUCGACCGCGUGAAGAUUCUCCUACGAAUGAACCGGAGCCACAGCCGGAGACAGAGCCCGAAGCCCAACCGAAGACACAGACAGAGGAACCGGAAGACCCGAAAGCAGCUGGCGAUCAAGAGUUCAACACCACGAAGACGGCAACAGAUGUCGAGGAAAAGAAAGAGGAGGAGCCGGUUGCUGACCUGCCAAACGACCCAAUAGCUGCUGAAGAAUGAACAUCGCUGCCACCUCGAAGCCAGGGUGACACAAACGAAGAACGAAAAAAAAGAGAGAGAAAUGAGGAAGGUGCACAUCCAGAGACUGGCAUUUUUUUUCUUUUGUCUUUUGUUGAACGGGGACGUUUUUCUUUACCACUGUAUUGAACAUAGGCAGGACCAUUGUUUAUGCUUUCUCUUUUUCACCAUUUCAGACGUUGCACUGAAAUUAGGCAGGAAGUGGCCACCAUGCAUCUCUGAAAAUUGUUAACAACCGAAAGCAAUGCAAAAAGGGCGCGAGCCCAGGUGAGGGUACAUAAGACAGCACCAAGAGGAGGGGACAUUGCGAUGUCCUGAAGGAAGAAGGUGCGCCAGUCACAGAGCAAGACGCCAUCGUCACUUGUUUGUUUUUGUGUGCAAUAAAGAGUUGUGUAACGCG